UCCGUUUUACGCCGUGAAUGAGAGUGGGUGUGGGCUAGUGUCAAGAGCAACGUGGUGGCGGCGAGGUUUCCACAGCCUUAUUUCCCUCCUUUUCCCUCUUUGCGACCCACGGAGACGAAGGAGGACCCUCACACCCCCGUGACAGCCCCUUCCCCCCUCAGCCCUUCACCCCACCCCACCCAUGGCGAGAGGUGGGCGUUGGGACCUCGGGCUAACGCAGGUGUGGGCGGGGUUGUGGGUGGCGCCCGCCCGCUACAUCACGCCCGAAGCCUUAGCGACGAGGAGGAUAUCGUGCGUCGUGUGGGCCACGCCGGAGGUCUCGCCGCCGUCUCUGCCGAGUGUGAGCGUGAUCGAGGUCCGGCUGAGAGACGAUUGCGACCAAGACUUGAGUCCGUUCUUCCCUCGAGUGGCUGAGGAGUUCGCCGAGUGUCGCAGGCGAGGCACGGGCCUGGCCACCGUGUGCCUCGCGGGAAUCAGCCGCUCCUCUUCGCUGGCCGUCGCCGCGCUCGUGGGCCAGCCGGACCUCCCGCAGAUGAGCCUCAGGUUCGCCUACGAGACCGUCAAGAGCGCCAGGCCCACCGUCAGGCCCAACGUCGGCUUCUUCGCGCAGCUGGUGUCCUACGAGCAGGCGACGCGGGGCGGCGCCCCCAGCGUCAGGAUGGUGCGGUCCCCUCACGACCCGUCCAGGCGGCUGGUGCCCGACGUGUACCUGGAGGAGCUGGGGGGGCACCUGGGGGGAGAGAACCCCCUGGCCGCCUUCAUCCCCAUGUGACGACU